AUGGGCACUGAUAGGCAGCACUGAUGGGCACUGAUAGGCAGCACUGAUGGGCACUGAUAGGUGGCACUGAUGAGCAGGGGCAGGGGUGGACUGACAACUCAUGGGGCCCCCGGCAAUAGGGGAUCAUGGGGCCCCUGUGUCCUUGCCACACUCAAAGCACACCCAAAAAAGCCUUUAAAAAGGUACCAGGGGCAUUUCAUGGGGCCCCCUACUGACCCCGGGCCCUCGGGCUGUGCCGAGUGCUCAAAUGGUCAGUCCGCCCCUGAG